GGCGGCCCGACAGCGCCCGGAUACAGCGAGUAAAACGCGGGAUAGACGGACCCGGCGUUAGGUAAAAAAACUAAAGAACGCGUACAAGCGAAGAAAAAAGGUAGAAAGUACCAAAAAACAGCUUAUUAAUGGACUUGUUUGGACAUGUAAUUUGGAGCAAGGUUCCGAGCGGGCCGUGAGUAGCGCAACCUCGGCUCUUGGGGUGAGGAGGAGUCCGGGGCCGGGACACCGAGUGCUGGAUAACAACUUAACCACCCACGCUCUCCAGCUCACCUAGCGCGUGUAAAAGCUGUCGAGGUGAUCGUUGUGCGAAUGAGUGAGUGAUGCAGAGCACUGUUUUACAGGGCAGUAUGGGUUUGCGUCCCCUGCUCCUGAUUUUUGCCUUGGUCCUCAGCUGGGCUCAAGAAACACCCAAGCUCCCAGAUCAGGGUCAGGGCCAAGUGGAGACUCCCAAUUCCACAGCUUCUUCUUCCAUAUUACCAACUCACCUAAACCUUACUCAGAGUCCGGUCCUUCCAACCACGCCCUCAACCACCGUGUUGUCCAACACUGUGGCCAACACUACAGUUCUUGUAGCCACAGCCGCUUCAACUCUGCGUCCUGAUUCCAGUCCAACCAACGCACCACCUCCAACCCCCACCUCUAUCAGAGAAGGUGGAAAAGAGGAGAAGAUUACUCCCACUCCUCGUCCCACCGUCCUGCUCAAAGUUACCACAACUCCGACCCAUCUGCCUGGAGCAACACCCACAGACUCUAAGCCUAAACCGGAUCCUGAUGCUGGAGCCUCCACCAAUCCUCCAGAAAACAACACCACAUCACAAGGCAGCAUUCCUCCAGAUGAUGGUGAAGAGAAUAAAGCAAUCUUUGCAGUAACGGUGGCCCUAUCAUCUCUGCUAGUCAUUAUCUUCAUCAUCAUUGUUCUCUACAUGCUCAGGUUUAAGAAGUACAAACAGGCAGGAAUCCAUUCAAAUUCCUUCAGACUGACCAAUGGCAGGACAGAUGAUACAGAGCUUCAGAGCGUGCCACUACUGGCUCGUUCGCCCAGCACAAAUAGAAAGUACCCGCCCCUUUCGAUCGACAAACUGGAGGAAGAAAUGAACCGCCGCAUGGCUGAUGAUAAUAAACUGUUCCGGGAGGAGUUUAAUGCAUUGCCUGUUUGCCCCAUCCAGGCCUCGUGUGAUGCUGCCUCCAAAGAGGAGAACAAGGAGAAAAACCGCUAUGUUAACAUUCUGCCCUACGAUCAUUCGAGAGUGCAUCUCUCCCCUCUAGAGGGAGUCCCAGACUCAGAUUUCAUCAAUGCAUCCUACAUUAAUGGCUACCAAGAGAAGAACAAAUUUAUAGCUGCUCAAGGGCCAAAAGAAGAGACGGUCAAUGACUUCUGGAGAAUGAUCUGGGAGCAGAACACUGCCACCAUUGUCAUGGUGACCAACCUGAAGGAAAGGAAAGAGUGUAAGUGUGCUCAGUACUGGCCAGAUCAGGGAUGCUGGACAUAUGGGAACAUUCGUGUGUCUGUGGAGGAUAUGACUGUUCUAGUGGACUACACUAUUCGCAAGUUCUGCAUUCAGCAGGUGGGCGACCUAUCUGGUAAGAAGCCACAGAGGUCAGUCACUCAGUUCCAUUUCACCAGCUGGCCCGAUUUCGGCGUGCCCUUCACUCCCAUUGGCAUGCUCAAGUUUCUUAAAAAGGUUAAAACGUGUAACCCACAGUAUGCCGGACCCAUAGUGGUGCACUGCAGUGCGGGUGUGGGAAGGACGGGCACUUUCAUUGUGAUUGAUGCCAUGUUGGAUAUGAUGGCUGCUGAGAAGAAGGUGGAUGUGUUCGGCUUUGUUACUAGAAUCCGAGCUCAGCGGUGUCAGAUGGUCCAGACUGAUAUGCAGUAUGUGUUUAUUUUCCAAGCUCUGUUAGAACACUACUUGUAUGGAGACACAGAGUUAGAAGUAACCUCUCUAGAGUGUCAUUUAGCCAAACUCUAUGCACCUUUACCUGGAGCUGGUUGUGGUGGGCUUGAGGCAGAGUUUAAGAAACUCACCUCCAUAAAAAUCCAGAAUGAUAAAAUGAGAACCGGGAACCUUCCAGCCAACAUGAAGAAAAACCGUGUGCUGCAAAUCAUUCCAUAUGAGUUUAACAGAGUCAUUAUUCCUGUGAAGCGUGGUGAGGAGAACACAGACUAUGUCAAUGCCUCAUUUAUCGACGGCUAUAGACAAAAGGACUCCUACAUUGUGAGUCAAGGCCCUCUGCAGCAAACCAUUGAGGACUUCUGGAGGAUGAUCUGGGAGUGGAGAAGCUGCUCCAUUGUAAUGCUUACGGAACUGGAGGAAAGAGGACAGGAGAAGUGUGCUCAGUACUGGCCUAGUGAUGGAGUCAUGGUGUGUGGAGAUGUGUCCAUUGAACUAAAGAGAGAGGAUGAAUGUGAGAGCUACACUGUUAGAGAUCUGCUUGUUACAAACUCCAGAGAAAAUAAAGCUCGUGCCGUGCGUCAGUUCCAUUUUCACGGAUGGCCAGAGGUUGGGAUUCCCUCUGAUGGUAAAGGCAUGAUUAACAUCAUUGCUGCUGUGCAGAAACAGCAGCAGCAGUCUGGAAACCACCCAAUCACAGUACACUGCAGUGCUGGUGCAGGUCGUACAGGGACGUUUUGCGCUCUAAGCACCGUUCUGGAGCGAGUGAAGGCUGAAGGCAUUCUGGACGUCUUUCAGACAGUAAAGAGCCUUCGACUGCAGAGACCGCACAUGGUGCAGACGCUGGAGCAGUAUGAAUUCUGUUACAAAGUGGUCCAGGAAUACAUCGAUGCCUUUUCUGACUACGCAAACUUCAAGUAGGGACCCUGCGCGGAGAGUGACGUCCUCCGUUCCCCGGUCUCUCUCACGCACAUUCAGCUACACACAUGCUCAGCACUGUACUGGCUGUUAUUACAAAAAAGGGAAGAAGAACUGAAAGAUGAGAUAAGAUAAGAGAAAUGGCAUUUUUGUCAGACGGGACAAAAACAAAAGUCAAA